GCACCACAAGUACAACCCCUCAUUGGCUCUUUUUUUCUUGCACGACACAGUCACUUACUUACACUUACACUCCCCAACACCUUUACACUCUCCUCUCCCCUUUCUUCUUCUUUAUCUUCUUCGAUACUUGAGUGUUACUUGUACACCAGCACACAUGACGUCCUUGCACGAACCCCCCCAAUCCUACGAAGCAACCCACGUCCACGCCGUCUACGAAGAAAUCGCCGAGCACUUUUCUUCGACACGGUAUAAGCCCUGGCCGAUUGUAGAUCGAUUUCUACGAGAACAGCGUGAUGGGGCGAUUGGGGCGGAUGUAGGGUGUGGUAAUGGCAAAUAUCUUGGUGUCAAUGAUAAAGUGUGGAUUGUGGGGAGUGAUCGAUCUACGAAUUUGGUCAAGAUUGCAAGACGGCACGAACCGCACGAUGUAGUCGUGGCGGAUAACCUUGCUCUCCCGCAUCCCGAGGGCAUUUUCGACUUUGCCAUAUCCAUUGCCGUUGUGCAUCACUUGUCUACGCCAGAGCGGAGAGUAGAGGCCGUCAAGAGUGUUUUGGACCUCCUGCAACCGCAGUCAACGUCAGGUCACGAGGAAUCUAGCCAUGGAAAUGGAACUGCUGAUAUAAGCACAACCGGAGGAAGGGCACUCAUCUACGUAUGGGCACUUGAGCAGAAGGAUAGCCGGCGCGGUUGGGAUGAAGGCCACGAGCAGGAUGUCAUGGUGCCAUGGGUGCUGAAGCAGAAGAAGGAGAAGGAAGCAAAGCGGAAAAAGAACAAGGACAAUGUGACGCAAGAGAACGGGAGCGAAGAGAAGGAGAAGACGGCCGAAGGAGACAAGACGUUUCUGAGGUAUUAUCAUUUAUAUCGUAAAGGCGAGCUUGAAAGCGAUAUUGAGCAGGCGGGCGGAGUUGUGCUCGAGUCCGGAUACGAAAAGGACAAUUGGUGGGCCAUUGCGCGACGCAGGUGACGGUUCUCUGGAGAAGCAAUAUGAAACCAUUACGUCCUGGUCAGUGUCACAGGCAGAGCGUGGCUGCUCUCGGUCAGCGGGAAUAACUGGUA